UGUAUUCUCUGUUCUCGUCAAAAGUCGGCUGUUGUUGCUCUGAGUGCAGCCGCGACAUCAGCAUCGUCCGCGUUUAGUCAGAGCGACGCGCUCCGUGCAUCACACACGAGUGUAUCUUCUGUUUUGGCGUGUUGACGCUUGUCGCAGCGCAACUUCGCUCCUUCCUGCACUUUGACAUUGGUGUGUAUUUUUUUAGGGGUUGGAGAAAGCAACAGCAGCCCCGAUGCCGGAUUUGUGGUUCUACCGUUCGAUUCUUUUUACGCACCGACACUUUCUGUGCGUUUCGAUGCUUUGACCGCCUCGAACCAAGAGCAGCGGAGACUUGUUGCUUGUCUCCCGAGAAAGAGCACAUCAGUCCAGUUUCUCCUCAGAGUCGAGGUUGAAACCUGCGUGCGAUGCUUUGAUUUGGGUGGAAGUCAACCGAUCUCACCGAGGAUCCGCUUAUAAUUAAGAAAACUGGGGUGAUUAGUGCGUCAGGGGAACCAAGAACCAGUUUUUUUCUUUAAAUGGCAUCCACGCACAGCACAGAUAAACUUUACUUGGGUCGGAUUGGAAGAGCUGAUUAAUUCCCUUCCCGUUUGUUUCACACCGAGCUCCUCCUCGCAGACAUGUCCGAGCGCGAUGGAUGUGGAGACGGGCUGUGCAGCGACGAAGCGCCAGACUUCAUUCCACCGAGGGCGCCCCGCGGCCGGCGCAGCGGUGUCAUCCUCCCCGGCGGCGGCCAGGACACCGACACCAUCCUCCUGGAGUCCGUGAAGGCAGCACCGCGCCGGAGCAGCAUUAUUAAGGACCCCUCGGUGCAGAAAGUUGGUGGAGGAAGGAAGAAGACGGUAUCCUUCAGCAGCAUGCCCUCUGAGAAGAAGGUGAGCAGCGCGGCUGACUGUUUGACAUUCAUGCAAGGUGGAUGUGAGCUGAAGAAGAUCCGGCCCAACUCCAGGAUUUACUGUCGUUUCUACACCUUGGACCCGGACCUGAGCUGCUUACGCUGGGAGCCGUCAAAGAAGGACAGUGAGCGAGCCCGGCUGGAUGUCACCAGCAUCCGGGAGGUCCGGACUGGGAAGAGCACCGAGACCUUCCUUCACAACAGUCCUCUGUCUGAACACCUGGCUGAGGAAGCAGCCUUCUCUAUCAUACAUGGAGACGACUACCAAACUCUGGACUUGGUUGCAUUAUCGGCAGACGUGGCCAACAUCUGGGUGACAGGCCUUCGAUACCUCUUGGCCCAUCCUUCGGUCAUUGGAGGAGGUUGUGGUGGAGGAGGAGGCGGGCUGGGUGAAGGAGGAAGCAUGGCAGUCGAAGGUAGCCUGGGGAGUAAGAUGAGGAGCAAUUGGCUGGAAGCAGAAUUCUCUCAGGUGGAUGAAGAUGGUUAUGGUAUCGUGUCGGAGGACAUAGCCGUCGCCACCAUCUGUAAACUAUGUCCCGGCAUCAAAGAGACCAAGGUGCGACUACGUUUUAAGGAGAUCCAGCGGAGCAAGGAGAAGCUGACCUCCCACGUGACCCGUGAGGAGUUCCAGGAGGCCUACUGCGAGCUUUGCACCCGGCCAGACGUUUACUUCUUAUUGGUGCAGCUGUCCAAGGACCGGGAGUGUCUGGACCCUCAGGACCUCCGCCUCUUCCUGGAGACAGAGCAGGGAUUGUCCCUGGCUACGACCGAGGGAUGCUGGGAGCUCCUGAAGCGCUACGAGCCCUCGGCCGAGGGGAAAGAGAGAGGACUUCUGGGUAUGGAUGGAUUUGCUCGGUACCUACAGUCCCCUGAGUGCCGGCUGCUUGAUCCAGAGCAGCUAGGGGUUUGUCAGGACAUGAAUAUGCCUCUGUCCCAUUACUACAUCAGCACCUCCUACCGGUCUUACCUGCUGGAUGACCAGGUCCAUGGCAGAGCGGACCUCGGUGGCCUGAUCAAGGCCCUUCAGUCUGGCUGCCGAUGUCUGGAACUGGGAGUGACCGAUGGCCCAGAGGGGGAGCCUCUGCUUGGGGUCGACUAUGGCCCCGACGUCCCAAGACACCAUCAUCAUCAACAUCAUCACCACCACCAUGCCCCAGUUACUAUCCGCUCGGCACUGGAGGUAGUCAAUAAAUACGCCUUCCUGACCUCUCAGUACCCGCUCUUGGUGUACUUGUGCCAGCGCUGCUCACCGGGCCAGCAGCGCACCAUGGCACAGCACCUGAAGAAGGUGUUUGGAUCCCGACUGUACACUCCGGAGGGGCUGCCAGUCAGCCUAGGAGGGCGAGCCACAACCUUACCAUCACCUGAGCAGCUCAAGGGGCGCAUCCUUUUGGUUGGGAAGAAGCUCCUUCCUGAGCAGGAAGGAUCUGAUGGGGAGGUGUCGGAGGAGGAUGAGGAGAUAGGAGGCGGUGGGCCUCUGGCAGGAAGGAGGAUGACCAUCCCUGGUGAGGAGGAGCUGGGUGUGGUGUUGGUGGUGCCUCCACCCUCUCAACCAAGGAAGCUCCGUCUCCACAAAGAGCUGUCCGACCUAGUGGCCAUCGCUCGGACCGGCAGCCGCAGCUUCUACACCCAGAGAGCCAGUUACAAGCAGAAUCAGCAGCAGUCGCCCCCCAACAGUCCCUCCUCUCCUGGAACACCAAUGGCUCCUGAGCUGCCUUACUGGACGCUGUGCUCCCUGGGUGAAGGAGAGGCUGGGCGGCUGACCAGCGAAAGCCCAGAGGACCUUGUCAUGUUCACCAAGCGCACCCUUACCAGGGUACGGCCCAGCUCGGUGCGUCUGGAUUCCAGCAACCCAAACCCUCAAGGGUACUGGAAAGGGGGGGUCCAGCUUGUGGCCUUGAACCAGCAGACCCCUGGCGCCAUGCUGGACCUUCACAGAGGUCGAUUCUCUCAGAAUGGAGGGUGUGGUUUUGUCCUCAGACCAUCUGUGAUGAGGGAUGAGGUGUCGUAUUUUAGUGCCCACACUCAAGGCUGUGUGCCAGGAGUUCCACCUCAAACUCUACGGAUUAAGGUUAUCAGUGCCCAUAACCUGCCCAAGCCUCAGGGGUCUGGGGCUAAGGGUGAGGUCAUCGACCCAUAUGUGGUUCUGGAAUUGCAUGGCGUACCGACCGACUGUGCCGAGCAGCGGACGCGAACUGCCGCUCAGAACCAGGACAACCCACUGUUUGAUGAGACCUUCGAGUUUCAAGUGAACAUGCCGGAGCUGGCCUUGCUGCGCUUUGUGGUUCUGGAUGACGACUACAUCGGGGACGAUUUCAUCGGCCAGUACAGCGUGGCCUUUGAGUGCCUUCAGCCCGGCUACCGCAACGUGCCCCUGCUAGGCCUGGCGGGAGACCCUUUGCCCUACACCAGCCUGUUCGUCCAUGUGGCUGUCACCAACCGGCGGGGCGGUGGGAAAGCACAGCGGCGGGGCCUGUCGGUGAGAAGGGUGGGGAGGCGGGGGAGAGAGUACGUCAGUCUGAGGCACACCGGCAUCAAGGUGGUGGACGAGGUCUUCAAAUUGGCCUCGGCGCCGCUCAAAGAGGCCACGGACCUGCGAGAGGACGCUCAGAGCACCACGGCCAGUUUCAAAGAGCAGUGUGGGCUCCCCGCUGUGGCCAAGCUGAAACAGUGCAUCCAGAGUCUGGCCCCAAGGCUGCAGAGCACCGAGGGCACCAUGGGUGCCACCAUGCUGCUGAAGGAGGGAUACCCGUGUCUGGAGCCACUGGUCAGCCUCUCAGAGUCAACUCGGAAAACGCUCGCCGCUUAUGACACGAUGAUUACCGCCCAGAAGCAGCUGAUAGAGAACGCAGAUGGUGUUCAGGAGAGGAUCGACCAGGUGCAGAGAGAAGGAAUGGAUUUCCAUGAGGAUCUUUCUCGGCUUGGUGAGAAGGAGGGACUGAAAGGACGCAAGCUGAACAAAGCAGUGGAGAGUUUCACCUGGAACAUCACUGUCCUCAAGGGGCAGAGUGAUCUGUUACGAGGCGCCAAGAUGGAUUCCCUGGACGCUCUGCGGCAACUGGCUCUGGCCUGUGAAGCCUGUGGACUCACUUCCUCUUCCUCCAACUCCUCAUCCUCCACCUUCUCCACGGCCGAGCUACACUAUUCCUCCCAUCCGCCGUCCGGCCGACGAAGCAGCACACAUGGCAAUGGACGCAUCUGACACCAACUGCCGCUGCCAUCCUCCAACUCGCAGCCAAAGAUGAAAAGCGAGGAAGCAGAGUGAAAGAAGUGAAGGUCUGGAUAUAAAAAGCUCCAGAAUAGACGUAGAGUUUAUCCCUUUAUCCAGUGCAGUAAAUGUGUAGACUUUAUCUGUUGAAGCCUUAUAUUGAGAACCAGCAAAGGCUUUUCAUGAAUGUCAGCAGAGGGAGAACAAAGAAAGAAACCAACUUAAUUUAUCUCUGAGUCAACUUUGUGAUUCAGCUUCUAAUUUUCGUUAUUUAUUUUUAAUAGAGAGGAAGUCAAAGACACCUUAAGGCUUAAAGCAGGGGUGUCAAAUUAAUUUUAGUUCAGAGGUCACACUCCAAACUUUUUUAGUGCAAAGAAUAUAUUUAGAUUUACUAUACUAUCCUUUCACAAAACAUUUUAGGAACAACCUGAAAUUUCUUAAGAAAUUGUUGCCUUAUGCCUGCUACUCUGAUCAAAACAGGGCAAGCCCAAGUUGCUUUUAUUGAUGAAUUGCACGGCACUGAGGGGGACGAUUUUGGCUCGUAUGUUUGACACCCCUGCCUUAAUUGUUUGUGACAACCCACCCUGCUCUGUUUGAGGAUUAGUGCUGGAACAAAGACACACAAGUGGUUGUUUUUAUCUCUGAAAUAAGAGGCGAUGUCAUUAGAGGGGUUGUGUGGUAAUUACUGUACAUGUGUGGAAUCACAUAACCUCGAAUCUGUACAUGGUUGUUUGUGUGCAAGAAGUACACUGUACUGAUGUAGCAAUAAUAAUAAUAAUAAUAAUGAUAAUACUAGUCACAAGAGGAUGUAGACUUCAGCAGAAGAUAGAUUUACAAAUGUGUGUGAAAAUAACUGGUGUGUGGCAGGUGCUAAUGAUCAGAGUUGUGUUUACCUGUUAGCCUGUGAGUGUAAACGUGUGGUUCUUCUUAAAAGCAGGAAAACAACUUUUAACCCCGCCUCUGUCCUGGUGACGUUGUGUUUUAAAGUGAUGCUAAGCUAACACGAUGAAUAAUACCUCCUCUGACAGUUCUCUCGAGCUAACGUCUUAUUGGAACAACUUUAUUUAAAUCUCCAUCAACUGAAGCUGAGCAUAUGAACAAAGCAAGCUAACAAGCAGCUUUUGGCUAGCAGACAUUUCGAAUGUUUAUUCUGCCUUAGUGAAGGAGGCAGGUUUGUGGACCACAGUGAGAGGAGGCUAAAUGUUGGAACACAAGACAAAUGUUUAUUCUGCCUUUUUGACUCAGAACACAGUUCUUUGGACUACUGCGAAAAGGUUAAAGGCUGGAACACCGCACAAGCGAGUCACCACAGCUGUUGGUAUUUUAGAGCAGAGAGGAAGUUAAGAAAAUGUGGUUCUGAAACAGAAGUCCAUUUGUUGAGCUGUUUGCAAAUGUUUGCAAAUGGUGUAAAGCUGAGAUCGGAUUUUAAGCGGUGGCUUGAGACAAAUUUUUACUCUGCCUUUUUGAGAGAGGUAGAUUGGUGGAGCACAGCGGGUUAAGACUAAAUGCUGGAGUCACACCAGCUGGUGGCAUUUCAAAGCAGAGGAAGAAAAAGACAGGGUUUAUUCAGUCAAGGCAAUAAUAAAGAAAAAAAAAUGUCAUGUACUUUCAGCAAAUGAAAGAGCUUUUUCUAAAAUAUGUAUUAUCAGUAUAAACAGUGCUGGUCAUGGUUCUGAAACCAGCAGUAGCUAGAGAUCCACUGUUUGAGGCAACAGCCUCACAAAUACACAAAUUAAAUGCAAAACUGCAAUUUGAUCUCAAGUCGUGGAUCUAAAUUAAUGUUUAAAUUACUUUUUGAGGGACACCACGAGACGAAGUUUAAUGCUGGAACACCACAGACGAUGGCAUUUCAAAAUACACGGAAAGUAAAGGACACACUGAGUUUAUUCAGUUAGGGCAAAUAUUCAUAUAUAAAUAAAUAAAUAAACACAAUGUGUUCACUCUCAGUGACUGAAAGUCACUUUACGCCUUGUUCUAAAAUAUGUAUCAGUAUAUACAGCACUGUCUAUGGUUCUAAAACAACAGUAGAUAGCGAUCCAUUGUUUUGCAGCAACAACUGUUUGAACACAAGUUUUGGCUCAAGAUGAAUGUUUUUUCUGCUUCUAUGAGGGAGGUAGGUCGGCAGAGAAAUUUAGACGAGGUUAAACACUGGAGCAGCUCCUCCACAAAUCACCACAGCUGGUGGCAUUUCGGAGCAGGCAAGAAAUAACGACACACUGACUUUAUUCAGUCUGUCUUCUGAAGUGCGACUACUGUAUCAUCCUGUAGUAAUGCCUUUCACACUCCUGCUUUUUCUACAUUAUUGUUGUUCCUGCUGCUCUUCUGGAGGCUCUAGGUGGGGAAAGACAGAGUUGAUGUACUGAGUCGUUGCCACACGGGGAAGUUGACCUAAUAACAUUUCAGUGUUUUUGUCUGAGAGGAGGCAACUAAAAGUAGAAAUGGAGGGAGAGAGAGGGUAAAGGUUGAUGGACAGAAGAAGAAGGAGUUGAUGUGGAAAUAGCUGUAGGUGUUGGGGGAGCAUACCUGCAGAGCUUCAUAAUUGGCUGUGAGCAGUAGACGCAGUGACAGCACCAGCUGUUUUGGUCUAUUAAUAAAAGUCUGACUCACUGGAGACUUCGGGGUUGUGUAUUUAUGUCAUGAUGCCACAGUGUCCUACUUCCUGUCUGGUUCAGGUUCUGUUAAGACCUGAUAUUUACAUCUGUCCUAAGUGGUCUGAUCACAAGUGGGCAGCUUUAAGUUCAGAUGUGAACACACCCAGGACAAGUUGACAUUUAGUCAGUCACUCAGAUCACAUCUGAAGGUCGUCCUCUUCCAUUAGUGUGAACAAACAAUGGAACAGCAGUAGAUAGUGAACCAUACAAUGUGCAAAACUUGGGUUGUGACUCAAGAUGUAUUUUAAUGCCAGGUACGAUGUGGUGACAUGUACUUAAAGCAGGAUACUUGUGACCCAAUCACUCAGAUCAAAUGUGUUUAAAACGGGGUCUGAAACUCACUGAAGCAGAGAACUGACUCAGGAUCCCUGUAGAGGUGCUUUCAUAAGAUCAUCACUGGAGAUCUGCUUACCUCUCUGCAUUAAUGAUGCAUCAGCUCCAGUAAAAGAAACCACAGUAUUACCUUUCUGUGUUCCAGUGUACAUGCCUGCCAACGGUUGAAACAAAACUGGGUCAAAGAACAUACGAUGGGAUUCACUUCACCUGAAGAGAUGUGGCACAUGUGGAGGUCACCGAGUUUACCUGUGUCAGAGUCAUGUUUUAGUAAUUAGGUCUUUUUCUUUUAAGUUAAAGCUCAGUCUCCAAAUAAUUCAUUGAGUACUUGCUGUACUUACAGAGAAGAUAUGUUGUAGAAAUAGUGUCAUAACUAGGAAUGAUGGCAGAUUUUUUUGAUUAGGUUUGUCAGGUGGUUGAUAACAGGACCAUAUCUGUGUUUCAGCUCAUAAACAUUCCUGUAAACUAGAACACAACAUGCCAGAUCAUCUUCAAGACCAGAACGUCGAUAGCUUGAAUGUGUUUUUAUAUUUCCCAGUCAUCUCUCAGAAAAUGUCAGCCUUUCGUUUCAGUAAAUGUCCUGCUCAUGACACAGAUGUUGCAGCUGAAGUGUUGUAAUGGAAUUUCUGUUUGUUCAAGAAUCUACCAAACAUGUCGUUAUCCUUUUUACAUCUGUAGUCUUCCAGACGGGAAAGAAACAACCAACUGGAUCUAGAUGUUUCUAGAACAUUUUAAUAGAAUAAAUCUGAACUGCGGUGAGUUCAGCCGAAAGUUUUUUGUUAAAUGAACUAAACGUGCAGAAACACAGACAUGACCCUCCUCUCUCAAACUCUCCACUUCGCUGCUUCGUCAUGACUCUCUCCCUCUUGAUCUGAGGAUAUGUUCAUUUUGUAGUAUUAAAAAAAAACUCCAACCGCCUACAACAGUGCUUUACGAUGAUGUUCAGUGUUUUGUAUCUCAUUUGUGAUCCUUUGCUGCAAACUGAUGGAUCAUAGCCUCAAAUGUGGGAGUUUCUGUCCUGUGUCUGUUGCGUUUCUAUUGGUGAUGCUAACGUCUGUAAGAGAUUAGAAAGGUUAGAAACAGGUGAGAUGGGGAAACUGAGACUGUGCAAAAAGCUCAAGUUUCUUGAAGCUUUUCAUGUUUAAAAUGUUUGUUUUUAGUCUGACUGGACAUAAACGCCAAAUAGCCACCCUGAACGAACAUCUUGGUAACUGCAUUGGGGAUGCAGCUGUGAAGUUAGUCCAACUUUUUCUGCUGUUAGGACCACCUUGACUGGCUCACAACACAGCGAUCAAACACAAACAGAAGUUGUUUUAAAGUGUAAUUCAUUAAGAUUAAACAACUAGGCUAGUGAAGGUUAGCUUAGCAAGUUUUUGCUUUAAAUUUGGGCAUUGGGAACACAUUUUCCAAACUAUUCUGACAUCACAGGAAUCACACAAUAACUAUCGUUCACCCAACAGACUGUUCUUACUUCUCCGAAUUUCUCCAGGUGACCAGUCUAGCAUGGCCCAUCGACACAAAAUAGUGAAACUAAAAUGUCUGGGACUGAUCAUUGUACUGUGGCGCAUCUCUUACCCUCUUGUCUUAACUUAGAACUAGCUCUGUUUGUGCUCUUCAGUGUGUGAUGCUGUCUAGUGCAUAAUAUUCAACUGAGUAACAGAGAGCUGUUCAUACUGGCUGUAGUGAUAUAGAUGGGCUGGUGUAAAACUCUCUGGGAUGUGAAGGCAUUUUAGUUUGUGUGUUGCUGUGUCUGCACCACCACUGCUCUUUAAUCCAGUUUUGUUCCCUCAGUUGUUCUUAACACUCCACUGUAUGUUUUUGUAAAACUGAAAAAAAAAGCCCAGAAGAAGAAAUAUUUAUUGAAGUGUGUUUAAAAAUAUAUAUAUAUAUAAAAUAAAUAUAAUUAAUUAAAUGGACCUUGCUUUUAUUUUGAAAAGCUACUGUGUUUUCUAUCUUACACGUAAUCAGAUAUAACAUGUGUGUAUCCCAGACUAAAUAAAGUUAUCUUUUCCUGAC